AUGCACAACGCCGACCUGCUCCACCGCGCGCUGGCGGCCCUCCCCGAGGAAGCUCUCGUGCUGGCGAUGCCACCUCUCGACGUGGGCGUCAGCUGCGAGCACGCAGGCUUCGCCUGCACACUCGAGGCCAUGUCUCCCCGCUUCGCCGGCACACUCGAGCUCUCGGCGGAGACGGCGGCGGCGGCGUGGUGUGAGCUGGGCGCGUGCGUCGCACGGGUGGGCAUCCGCAAGCUCGUGCUGUACAACUCGCAUGGCGGCAACCACGCGCUUGCGGAGGUUGUCGCAAGGCGGCUGCGGAAGCGGCACGGCAUGCUGACCGUCCUCGCCAUGAACCUCGGAGCGAGCAUGGCGCCCGGCUCUGCCUGCGCAAAUCUCUUCCCCGAGGACGAGAUGCGGUACGGGCUGCACGGUGGCGCUCUGGAGACGUCUCUCAUGCUGCACCUGCGUCCGCAGCUCGUCAGCACUUCCGCAGCAAAGGACUUUGCGUCGAGGGCGGCCGAGCAGCCAAAGGACGCCGCGCUCCAGCUCCACGCGCCCGGGUUCGCGACAAAGACUGGAUGGCUCUCGCAAGACCUGAACGCGCACGGGGUGGUGGGCGCCGCCGCGACCCUCUCCUCCGCCGAGAAGGGCGCCACCCUCGCGCGCGAGUGCGUGGAGAGCCUCCGAAAGCUGCUGGUGGAGGUGCACGCGGCCGACGUGGACGAGCUGCUCAGCGAGAGGCCGCUCUUCCCGCCGCAGGGCGACGCGGGUGGUGAGCUCCGCUAG